AUGAAACAAACUUGUCACUCUAGUUGCCUUGGGCUCUUCACAGAGUUAAACAACAACAUAUCUCAUUUUUUGCGACCAAUCGAUAGAAAAAAAGAAACAGCAGAAGUAGCAGCAGCAGCAGAGGAAGAAGAAGAAGAAGAGGAAGAAGAAGAAGAAGAAGAAGAAGAAGAAGAAGAGAAAUGGAAUAUACUUAUUUGUUUUCGUUCGAUUGUACUUAAUGAUAAUGGAUAUUUAACUACAAUGAGUACAGAAACAAAUAAUCUCGAUGUUGUUGAGUUAAAUGUAGGUGGUGUUACAUAUGCAACAACAUUAGGAACAUUACAGCAGGCUGAACCAGAAUCACCACUAGCUAUUAUAUCAACAUUGAACACAGCUGAAAUACGAACGAUCUUCGGACGUGAUAGCAAAAAUCGUAUUUUUAUCGAUCGAGAUGGUGUUCUCUUUCGUUAUGUACUUGAUUAUUUACGGAAUAAAAAAUUAUCUUUACCAGAAAAUUUUGCUGAACGCGAACGCCUUCGAACAGAAGCUGAAUAUUAUCGACUCGAUAGUAUGAGUCGAACAUUAGCACAAAGUCGUCCAAAUUCCAGUUCAAAUGGAAAAUAUUCAAAUGAAAAUAUGAUGAAUGUAACAGCAGGUGCAACGUCAAGUAUGCAUCAAAUAACACCUAGUAUCGGUUUAAAUCCUGGUCCUCGUUCUAAUAGUGGAUAUAUUGUUGUUGGAUAUCGUGGUACUUUUGCUUUCGGUCGUGAUGGGUUAGCCGAUGUCAAAUUUCGAAAAAUAUCUCGUAUACUUGUUUGUGGUCGUGUACAUCUUUGUCGUGAAGUAUUUGGCGAGACAUUGAAUGAGUCUCGAGAUCCUGAUCAUGGUCAAACAGAUCGAUAUACAUCGCGGUUUUUUCUUAAACAUACUUUUCUUGAACAAGCUUUUGAUAUGCUAGGUGAAGCGUCAUUUUUAAUGGUUGGUUGUGCUGCAAGUGGAUGUAGUAGUUCAACUAGCGAAAUGGGCAAACAAACUGACAGUGAAGAGAAUCGUUGGUUGCAUUAUAAUGAAUUCAUCUUUUAUCGCAGCUGA